UCGUCUCUAUUCAGUCGCUUUGAGAGAUGUCACUGCAGCUUUAAUUUUUAGUCAGUCAUCACCAUUUAAGCGCCUGAGGUGCGUAUGCCCAAUACUAGCAGGUAGAGGUACAGCAUUAACCAAGUAAUGCUUUUCUCUUGGAGCAUAGGUCAUAUAUGGUCGUUUAUUGAUUCAUUUAUUAAUAAAUAUGUAUUGAGCAGCCUCGCUGUCGGGCGCAUUUUUAGGCAUUUGGAAUACAUCUGUGAACACCCUGUGUUUAUGGAGUUAGUGUGGAAAAGUGCUCCAGUAUGGAAAGCCAGAUAAGAGAGGAGGCAGUUAAUAUUUUUUUCAAUAUGGUGGUCUGGUACGACUCGGGUGGUGGUGGGGAGGUGGCCAGACGUUUGAACAGAGACUAAGUAGGUAAUUGAGGGCAUAACCUCUUUUAAUAUCUCAAGGGAAAAUAUUUUAGAGGGAACGGACACCGAAAAGGCACUGAGUCAGAAGUGUGGAAAAAUCCUAGUUGUAGUGCAGCAAGAGUGAGGGAAAGUAUCUGAAAUAGGUACUGCCUUAAAGAGGAUGUUAGAAAGGUAAUCAGAGAACAGACUGCACACCUUGUAAGCUUUUCCUCUUGAGUGAAAUGGGGAGCAGAUGCAAAGCAUUGACCAGAGGAAGUUUAUGAUUUAUAUCUGAAAAUCAUCAUGCGGUGUGGAGAAUGGUCUGUCAUGGAAACGGAGACCAGUUGGGAGCCUGUUGCAAUAAUCCAGGGCUACGUUGAUCAUCCCAUAGUUUUGACAGAAGCUGUGUGUAAUCCACUAUAUUCGCGCCAAAUGAUGUCUGAGCUUCUUUUUGAGUGUUAUGGAAUUCCAAAGGUUGCCUAUGGAAUAGACAGCCUCUUCAGCUUCUACCACAAUAAGCCUAAGAACUCGAUUUCCAGUGGGGUUAUCAUUUCAUCUGGAUACCAGUGUACGCAUAUUUUGCCCAUCUUAGAAGGAAGGCUAGAUGCCAAAAAUUGCAAGCGUAUCAAUCUUGGAGGAAGCCAGGCAGCUGGCUAUCUCCAGCGACUCCUCCAGCUGAAGUAUCCUGGCCAUCUGGCAGCCAUCACGCUCAGCCGCAUGGAGGAGAUCCUGCAUGAGCACAGCUACAUUGCUGAGGACUAUGGGGAAGAAUUGCAUAAGUGGCAGUGCCCAGAUUAUUAUGAGAACAAUGUGCACAAGAUGCAGCUCCCAUUUUCCAGCAAGCUCCUGAGCAGCACUUUGACAUCUGAGGAGAAGCAAGAGAGGCGGCAGCAGCAACUGCGGCGGCUGCAGGAACUCAAUGCCCGGCGGCGGGAGGAGAAGCUUCAGCUGGAUCAGGAGCGGCUGGACCGAUUGCUCUAUGUGCAGGAACUCCUAGAGGAUGGCCAGAUGGAUCAGUUUCACAAAGCUCUGAUAGAGCUGAACAUGGACUCCCCAGAAGAGCUACAGUCCUACAUACAAAAGCUCAGUUUGGCAGUGGAGCAGGCGAAGCAGAAGAUCCUCCAAGCAGAAGUCAGCCUCGAGGUGGAUGUGGUGGACAGCAAGCCAGAGACCCCUGACCUGGAGCAUCUGGAGCCAUCUCUGGAAGACGUGGAAAGCAUGAAUGAUUUUGAACCCUUGUUUUCAGAGGAAGCACCUGAAAUAGAGAAGCCUAUCACCACUGUCCAGCCCGUGUUUAACUUGGCAGCAUAUCAUCAGCUGUUUAUUGGGACAGAAAGAAUUCGAGCUCCAGAAAUUAUUUUCCAGCCAUCUCUCAUAGGAGAGGAGCAGGCGGGGAUAGCAGAGACUCUUCAUUACAUUUUGAACAGAUACUCAAAGGAUAUUCAGGAGAGGCUGGUCCAGAACAUUUUCCUCACUGGUGGGAAUGUGAUGUAUCCUGGGAUGAAAGCCAGAAUUGAGAAGGAGCUGCUGGAGAUGCGGCCCUUCCAGUCUUCUUUCCAGGUUCAGCUCGCCUUGAACCCUGUGCUGGAUGCCUGGUAUGGUGCUCGUGACUGGGCCUUGGACCACCUGGAUGAUGUUGAAGCCUGGGUCACCAGAAAAGACUAUGAAGAAAAGGGAGGAGAGUACUUCAAGGAGCAUUGUGCCUCAAAUAUCUAUGUCCCCAUCCGCCUGCCCAAGCAGGCUUCACGUGCUUCAGAAGCUCCAGCAUCUAGCAAAGGCUCAGGGGCCAGUGGAAGUGGCACCGGCGAGGCCUAGCAGAUGGUGCUCCAGAGAGCAGCUGCCCCCGGGUCACACUGGCAAUGUGAUGGGACAGUGCCUCUGCUAGGUGUAUCAGCACAAGUGGUCAUAUGUGACUACAAAAGCAGAUUUCUCCUGAGGAGAAGAGAGAGAGGCAUUGCUGUAGUAAAGGACUUGUAGUGUCUUCUGCCAUCUGUGGAACUGACUGUGCAUGAGCUAUGGCUUGAAUCUCCGACAACAGAAGCCAGGUGGAGACCAGGGAUGUACAGAAGGCACAAGACUUAUUCCUUAAGGUUUUGUAAAGCUUUUGUUUUAAAAACUUUAAAAGUUAUCGGUAUGGUUAUUUAACUGUAUGAAUGCCCAGCAGUGGGAGGCAUUUCAUGUGUACAAGAAGGUCAUGUUUAUGUCAUAGAAGCAACUAUCUUCCCUCCUUGUAUUAAUUCCCCUUAGCGGUAAGAGGAAGUAAGAGAAAAAGUCACCUGCUUGCAGUCACUCUUGUUACUUACAGGCCUGCCUGGUGCCCUCUUCUGAAUAAGCAGAAAUGAGGUUAUGGCCCAACUUUGUUCAUACUAUUUUAUUUGCUGGAAACUUUUCUGUAUUUUUAUUUCUGCUUUUGUGAAUUAGUUGGCUUCUUUUUCAGGCUUUUCUGAAGAAUGAAUUAGACUGAAGAAGGCUAACUCUGUAACCUUUGCAGUUUGUCCAUAAUCUCACAUUCCCCAUACCCUUAUAGCUUCAUCUUUUGGGGGGGGGGUGUCGGGGAUGGAACUCAGGUCCUUGUGCUUGCAAGGCAGGCAGUGGCACCACUGAGCUAUAAAUCCCCAUCUCUACAGCUUCAUCUUAAAUGCACAAAUCACCCUGCAUUUUUACAGAUUGCUUGGUGAGAAUUUUAAGUGUCAAACACACUGAAGAAUGAGCCCAGGAGGCCUCUGAACAGCUGAUACUGUCGUAGAAUCUGUGCAUUUGGAUCCUGUGGAACCUCAGCUAUAAGUUCAUGAGGGACAUACUUGUAGCGUGGUUCAGGAAUAGACUGUAUCCCUGCCAGCCAGCUGGACGUAGCCAGAGCCCAAAGCCACACAUGGAGGGUACUGAAGACCACAGGGAUUGUGGUCUGGUGACGCCUGGAUUUUAGGCAUUGGUCUCUAAAACUGAGAGAAUAAAUAUUGUUUUAAGCACCAAGUUUGUGGUCAUUUGUUAUAGCAGCCCUUGGAGACAAAUACAGAUUGCCAAAUUGAGCCAGAGAGAGUCAGCUAAGCCAUAGGAAAAGAAGUACUUGCCUGAAGAAUGUGGGAGCCUGCACAGUAGCAGGGCCUAGAAACAUCAGCAAAGGCUUAGCCCAAGGAAGCUGUCACAGGCAGUGAAAGGAAAGGGCUUGGAACAAUUCCCCACAUCCUCCUUUCUCCAGCCCCUAGCAGUCACCAUUCUGUUCUCCACUUCUGUGAGUUUGAUUAAAGAUACCUCAUAAAAGUGGAGUGAGUCAUGCACUGUAACUGGCUUAUUUCACAUAGCAUAAUUUCCUACAAGUUCAUCCAGGUUGUUAUGGAUGGCAGGAUUUCCUAUUCUGAAUAGUAUUUGUAUGUCUGUACCACAUUUUCUUUAUCCAUUCAUCUAUUGAUGGACAUUUAAGUUGUUUCUAUGUCUUGGCCAUUGUGAAUAAUGCAGUGAAUGCAGGAAUACAGAUCUCUCUCAGGUCUUGAUUGUAUCCCUUUCUGUUCACAGAAAGAUUAUUAAGUCCUAUGAUGAUUAUAUUUUUUUUUGAGGAUCUUAACAUACUGUUUUUAAUAGCAACUGCACCUUUUUGUAUUCCUACAAACAUGUACAGUGUUCCAAUUUCUUCACAUCCAUCCUUACCAAUACUUAAUA